ACAUUGCAAAAUGAAAAAUGCAUUUGCAGACUGCCGCGGUUGAAAGUCAAACAGCAAUCAAAACGGGAAAACUCCAAGACAUCAGCCCGCAAGAAGUGCUGGAUUGUUCCCAAGUCGAGCCGUACGAAAACUACGGUUGUGAUGGAGGCUCAUUAGAACCAGCUUAUGAUUAUAUUAAAAGUAAAGGUGUGGUAUCUGAUCAAUCCUACCCCUACACGGCGACAACUGGCGAGAAAUGCAACGCGAGCCCCGACCAGGUCUCCGCCAAUAUCAAAUCAUAUGUUACCAUCCAAGAAGGAGACGAAGAGGCUUUAAAAGAAGCUCUUUCUAAUAUAGGUCCUAUCGCUGUUGGUAUGGACGCCUCCUCUGAAAAUUGGCAAUUUUAUGGCGGCGGCAUAUACUACGAGCCGGAUUGUAAGUCGGCCAUCGAGAACUUAAAUCAUGCUGUAACAUUGGUCGGAUAUGGGGAGGAAAACGGGAUGAAGUACUGGAUUGUGAAAAAUUCAUAUGGCACCAGUUGGGGAGAAAAUGGUUACGCGAAAAUCGCUAGAAACGAGACUAACCACUGCGGAAUUGCGAGCUACGCAGUCUACCCCCUAUUUUAAACAUAUAAUGUAACAAUUAGUUUGAGGGUGCAAAUAAGAUAUUAGCGAGGAUAUUAGUCAUUCAUUUUUAUAUUUUUAUUAACUACACUUUUAAUCUGAUUUAUUUUAAUAAUGAAUUGAAUAAAUAAUGUCAC